GAAGUGACUAACUGGUGUCAGAGAGGCAUUGUUCUCCCACCCACCCUGCCUCCACCUCACAGGUGCUAUCACCAUGGGAACCAAGUUGACCAAUGAGAACAAACACUGAGCCACCUCUCCCCCAAGACAGGCCACAAGCAACAUUCAGAGGCCUCCGGGGCCCCCUCCUGGAUAAACCAACCCCACUGCCCCCCGCCAUCAAGGCGGAAAAACGGGGGUCUUCUGUCUGUAAUGCUCAAGAGCAAAAGUCAAGUUCGUCAUUGUCCAGCUUAGAGAACCAGCUGCAUGUGGGGUCCUGCCAUUCAGCAAUCAUUCAGAAGCCCCUAAAGAUUGUCUGUAGUACCUUGGGAACACCCGAAAGCACUGAGAGCCUCAAGAAGAGCACACAGAGCCUUGAGCCAAAGGUAUGCAGUAUCUCUACCCUGUCGAACAGUGGCUAUGAAGCCGAUGAGGAGAGCAGCAAGGACAACCUGGUUAACAGGAAGCAAACAGUGAGGUUGACUAAGCGGCUCGCUGCCCGAGUAGAGAGCAGUGAGCUAUUCCCUGUGCCCCAUCUCAGCCCAUUCAAGAACCGAAGGCCGGCCAGGAAAGGCCAGUGCACCCAGAAGUCUGGAGGGGAAAAGUGAGACCAGCCUGCCGGGCAGCAGAGUCAGCAGCCUGAGUAGCAUUGGCUUCCUCAGCCCAGGCAGUAGUUUCCUAUCCUACCAGGUGAGCAGCGGCCUUCUCAGCUCCAGCAGCAGCAGCAGCAGCAGGCCCUCCAGCAAGGCCAACAGCAGCCAGAGCAUUAGGGUAGACUGUAAUGAGCAGAGCGAGCCAAGAAGCAACACCAACCUCCAGGAGGACAAGACCACGGACACGGACACGGUGGAGAGCAGCAACCAGUCCACCCAGGCUGAGCAGCCCCCUCAAGAGUCCAUGCCUUUAUGAGGAGAUUUCUCAGCAACCAGAUCUAGACACUAGGGCCCAGCAAACACCGGUUCACCCGGAAUGUCCAUUGACAACGUAAGUAGAAGAAGUGGGAGCUGUGUCUUCCACAGCCGUGACCAUCAACAGAUAGGUCACACGCAGGAACAUCUGCUGAGAAGUGACUGUAUGAGGUGUUGUGAGAAGAGCUGCAACAAGAGCCAUCGGCGCCAGACCAUCUUCAUCAAACCAAGAACCAUCGGCGCCAGACCAUCUUCAUCAAACCAAGGACCAUUGGCGCCAGACCAUCUUCAUCAAACCAAGAACCAUCGGUGCCAGACCAUCUUCAUCAAACCAAGAACCAUCGGCGCCAGACCAUCUUCAUCAAACCAAGAACCAUUGGCGCCAGACCAUCUUCAUCAAACCAAGAACCAUCGGCGCCAGACCAUCUUCAUCAAACCAAGAACCAUCGGUGCCAGACCAUCUUCAUCAAACCAAGAAUCAUUGGCGCCAGACCAUCUUCAUCAAACCAAGAACCAUCGGCUCCAGACCAUCUUCAUCAAACCACCCGUGGGAAGAGCAUCAAGUACCAUGAACCUCAGCCCAGGCUCUUGGUAAGGUCCGUCGAAAUUAUCAGCACCAUGAUCAGUAGUGACCGCUGACACUGUUUUAAGAACCGUUAAAAGGUAGAACCUUCCAUGAUGAACCCAUUAUAAACAAUGAGCACCAUUUACAACUGCCACGUGCUCAGAAGAAACGUGUCACCUACACUGGGAGUGGCCCAGGUCCAGAAGUGUCUGGGAUGAUAAGGGCCCUGCAUGGGGAUCUAUAACCAUGGAGGGCUCCAUCCCUACUGAGCUCUAUAACAUGCAGGCACUGCCCAGGAAGCUCCAACCUGGGGAAUACUGUACACAAAGAACAUCCACGACUCCCAACAGUGUAACCCAGCCCAUCUGGGGGACCAUCAAAAGCAGCUGGGAGUACCACUAGCCCAGGGGCAAAGUGUCUAGAAAGAACUUCUGAGGGGAUAUGGUACCCAGGUACCCAAAGAACAUCACCCACGGGAGAGCUGUGCUUCCCUGUCUGAUUCUUUCUGGGCAACUGUACCCCACAUUCCAUCCAGGAGCAAGGGCUGAGAGCACGGUUCCAGUCUCUAUAUUGGCCUCAGAAAAGAAGAAAUCAGAAGCCAUGGACAGCCCUUUGCUCAGAUGGUAACCACCACCAUAGACUCAGAGACCAGCCUGCAGGAACUACGGGGACAGGAACUCUACACCACGGAUGAGUGCUGCAGAACUGGAUAAGAGGCCUGAGGCUCUGGCCCCUUUCCUUCUCAGAACAGUGGAACCCUUCCCCGGACUAAGCACAUAGAUCCAGGAAACAAGUGGGUGCAUGAAGAGAAGAGGUCAGGGGCAGUCGAUGCAAACAUCCACGAAGCACCAGAAGGAAAGUUGAGGGGGCACCAAACACAAUAAAUGGUGUCUGGAG